UGUACGAGAUCGAGUGGAGCGCGAGUGGAUUUCUUUUUGCCUGAUUUCUUUUUUGUUUCUUUCGGACCGUCAUUCAGUGCCUGGAUGGCGUGGGACAGGUGUAACCAAGACUCGGUCUGGAGAGAAUUAGAGUGUGCUGCUUUGGUUGGUGAAGACCAACCCCUCUGCCCGGACCUCCCCGAACUCGACCUCUCAGAGCUUGAUGUCAGCGACCUGGAUGCAGAUAGCUUCCUGGGCGGGCUCAAGUGGUACAGUGACCAAUCAGAGAUCAUUUCCAGUCAAUAUGGCAACGAGGCUUCUAACUUGUUUGAGAAGAUAGAUGAGGAAAAUGAGGCCAAUUUGCUGGCAGUGCUUACAGAAACCCUGGACAGCAUCCCAGUGGACGAGGACGGAUUGCCUUCGUUCGAGGCCCUGGCAGAUGGGGACGUGACCAAUGCCAGUGACCAGAGCUGUCCCUCCACCCCCGACGGCUCGCCGCGCACCCCCGAACUAGAGGAACCCUCCCUGCUGAAGAAGCUCCUUCUGGCGCCCGCGAACUCCCAGCUCAGCUAUAAUCAAUACAUAGGUGACAAGGCACAAAACCAUGCAGCCAGCAACCACCGCAUCAGACCACCAGCUGCUGUUGUCAAGACGGAGAACUCCUGGAACAGCAAGCCGAGGGGGGGCUGUCCGCAGCAGAGCCGUCUAGUGAGGCGCCCGUGCACCGAGCUGCUCAAGUACUUGACCGCCACCGACGACAUCCUCCUCCAGACCAAAGCCGGCGAAGCCAAGAGCGCCUGGGGGGGCGGCGGCAAAGACAAGGGCGGCCUGCUGGGCGCCUCGUCCUCUUCCUCCUCACCAUCCUCCACCACUUCCUUCUCCUCCCUCUCCUCCUCCUCCUCGAUUGCCUCCAAGAAGAAGUCGUCCUCGUCGUCUGUCGUGUCACAGCAGCAGCAGCAGCAGCCACAUCACCAGCGAGCCAAACCAACCACCUUGCCACUUCCUUUGACCCCAGAGUCUCCAAAUGACCACAAGGGAUCACCGUUUGAGAACAAAACCAUUGAACGCACAUUGAGUGUGGAGAUCUCUGGAACCCCAGGUCUGACACCACCUACCACGCCCCCCCACAAAGCCAGUCAAGAGAACCCUUUCAAAGCAUCGUUCAAAACCAAGUUGUCUUCAUGCUCCCCAUCUGCCCUGGCGUGCAAGAGGGCUCGGCUGAGCGAGGCGAAACCCUGCAGGCCCCUAGCCCCAACCUCGGCCCCAGGCAGGAAGGGCCCAGAGCAGACUGAGCUGUACGCCCAGCUAAGCAAAGCGUCCACUGCUCUCCCCACCUCUGUGGUUGCUGCGACGACAGGGGGCUGCAAGGAGGAGCGCUGCUGCGGCAACAACAAGCGGAGUGUCCAGCCUUGCUGCUACGACGACCACGACUAUUGUCAGUCCACGGCGGCCAGCACAAAACAGGACCCUGCCGCCGGCGCUAACGCUAAUGUGGCUAACGCUACCAUUACCAUGACGACUACUACAACAACCCCUCUGAAGCCCAAUCCGGGUGUGGCGGAGGACAGGCAUGUGGAAUGUAAGGACUCAGCCAUGCCACCAUCCUCCUCCUUUUCUUCCUCCUCUUCAUCCUCUACAUCUCCUCCUCCAUCUUCAUCCUCUUUGGCAAAGCAGCUGCAGCAGCAGCAGAGCUCUUCCCCUGUGGGUAAGGAGGCUCGGGGGCAGGACCGGACCCCCAUCACCCAGGACAAACCACACCCACUACAGACCCCAGAAGGGGACCAGCACUCUGCCAGCAGGAAGCAGUCCCUGCGAGACCAGGAUAUCCGGGCGGAGCUCAACAAGCACUUUGGCCGCCCCCAGCAAGCCAUCUAUAGCCAGGGUGAGAAGGGGGAGGAGGUGGUGGUGGAGGAGGGGAGACAGGGAGGAGGGGAGAUGGCCGGAGCCCUGCAGACCCCCAAAGAGAGCCCUGCUGGGUACGAGAACUACCCCAAGCUCCCUAGUUCUGGGUCUGGUUCUACUGGGUACCUGCACCCGGGCCUCUCUCCCUUCCACGAGGAGCUGGAGGGUCAGGGCGUCGAGGGACACUUCCUCUACCCCUGGGAGGGCACCCCCCUGGACCUGCUUUUCGAGUCCUGCUCGCCAUCCUGCUCGCUGUCCAGCUGCUCCCCCUCACGGGGCUCCGUCUCGCCCCCCUCCUCCAUCCUCCUCUCCCCCAGACACUUCCACUGGCCCCGCUCGGGCUCCCCCUCUUCCCGCUCUCACUCCCGGUCCCGCUCCCGCAGUUCCUCCUCCCACCACCGGAGGCGCUCCCUCUCCAGCUCACCUGACGGACGCCCCUCCUCCAGGUCUCGCCACAACAUGGACUCCAGCACUUUGCGGUCCAGGACCCACAAAAGCCCUCACUCACAGUCCAGAUCCCCCCUCAGUCGCAGGCCAAGGUACGACAGCUAUGAGGAAUACCAGCACGAGUGUCUGAAGCGGGAGGAGUACCGCCAGGACUACGAGAAGAGGGAGUUUGAGAGGGCUGAGCAGAGGGAGAGGCAAAGGGAAAAAGCAAUAGAGGAGAGACGGGUGGUGUACGUGGGGAGACUGAGGUCCGACAGCACGCGGACCGAGCUGAAGCGGCGCUUUGAAGUCUUCGGCGAGAUCGAAGAGUGUGCCGUGAACCUGAGAGAUGACGGGGACAAUUUUGGCUUCAUCACCUACCGCUACACUUGUGACGCCUUCGCUGCCCUUGAAAACGGACACACCUUACGCCGGUCAAACGAGCCCCAGUUCGAGCUGUGCUUCGGUGGACAAAAGCAGUUCUGCAAAUCGAAUUAUACAGACUUGGAUUCCCAUUCUGACGACUUUGAUCCAGCCUCCACUAAAAGCAAGUACGACUCCAUGGAUUUCGACAGCUUGCUGAAAGAGGCCCAGCGCAGCCUGAGAAGGUAACAGUUGCCCUGUCACCUGCUGUCUACAAAGAGGGAUGUCUUGAUACCUCACUAAUGUUUCUGUCCUUUGACUACGAGACUACCAGAAGUUUUACACUCUACGUAAGAGAGUAUAUAAAGAUGAAUCUCUAUAUAUAGACCUAUAUAUAUAUAAAGUAUAUUAACAACGAUGUUUACAUGAACAUAGCUUCUGAAGAAGCUGGGAAGAGACAGUACCGGGUGAGCCAGUGAAUCCUCAUAGCCUGUGUACAGAUGCGUGUGCUGUACUGUUGUACAACGGUCAGUGAAAGACAAAGACGUUGAUGAGAUUUUUUCUCUCCAAGCACUACAAACACCCAACAAAUGCUUUGAGUGGUGAAAAUGUGCAGGUUGUUCAGGCUUUUCUUUUUCUUUUUUUUGUGCCUGAUUUUAUUUUCUUUAAAAAAAAUCUGGUGUUUGGAUGUGGUGUUACACUAUUAACGAGAGAUAACAAUGCUGUCUACAUUUUCGGACAAAAAUGUAGCCCUGUAUUUACAGAUAUGAUCGAAAUAUGUUGUAUUUUUUUGUGUAAAUAUCAGACAAAGUUCUUUAUUUGUUACAGCUAUGCACUGUAAAAUGCAGCCUUUUGAUGAAGAGAUUUUCUUAAUUAAGAAUGUCGAUCUGUAGUUAUUACAAUGAUGUGAAACAUAUUGUACACCUACAUGAAGUUUAGAAGACAUGAUGACAUGAUUGUAAAAAAUGUGUUGGAGGCUCAUUUCGAGGGAGCAUGUCAACAAAUCUCCUUUUUUUACAUUUAUUUUGUUGGGGGAAAAAGUUAGCCAUUUAUAGUUUUAUGUUUAAAGUUUCUCAGUGUUUUUCCUUAUACAACUAGUCUAAAAUUUAUUUUUAACGUGUUUUUUCAUGAUUGUAAAAAAACAAACCCCAUUUUUUAAUGAAUUCUUUCUGAAACAAUCAGUAUGUAUCAACUCAUUUUGAUUUCAAUGAUUUUUAUGGUUCUUGUUUUGAUAAUUUUACCCUCUUUGAGGAAAGACUACUACUAUGUUUAAUCUGUUCAAACAGGAUAAACCAUGCAUAUUUAUCUAUUUAUUUUAAUAUUUGAAUCAAAAAUAUUUAUGGUUCCCAUGUCACAUGGUGUACCUCACACAUUUUAGCUAUUUAUAUUGUUAUUAGAUUUUUGUUAUUUAAUUUACAAUCAGUGGUAAGAUGUACAAUAAAUAACAGUUUUGUGGGAAUAUUUCUUUCUAUGCCUUUCAGAAACAAUCAAAAUAUUCUUAAUAAUCUCCUUGACAGUGGGAUGAGAUAUGCUGCUCAUUGUCCAAGUGAUUUCUGUCUCCACAACAGUGGUUUGCAGCCAUGGCAAAAUGUCUACCACAUUAUUUUCCUUUAUACACAGUAGAACAUGAAGCAAUAAAAUGAUUUUGCAGGUAUUUUGUUGUACCACACUGUACAAAUCUGAUUUGUUGCUCCACACACGCUUGAUUAUGUGAAUGCCAAACAAAAGUUUACAAUUUUCUUUCCAGAAUUUUUUUUAAAGAUCUUGUAUUUGAUGUUCAAAAUAUAUAUAUACAUGCUGAUAAUAUUGACAUUAUUCACAGUAAUUACUAAAAUAAUUAAUAAUAAUAUAAAUGAAAGAAAAAGUAUUUAAAAAAGCAAUAAAUUAUUUUUCAAACUUG